AUGCUUCUUCUGCUCCUGUGGCCCGCUUGUGUGGCCGACGCACCCGAAGAUGCUCCAGAGAUUUUCUUCUACCAAUUGGACGGUUUUCGGUCAAGUCUCGACUCGUCUCGCAUCUACAACGCGGGAACGUUGUACAGCAUAUGCUCUGAUAUUUCCUCUGUGUAUUACUGUGCGAAUCAUGCCGCAACAAGUCAAACAUGCUCGGCCAGUGAGGAUGGCCUCCGUUGGGCCACAAAUGGUUUCGCAGAAGCUCAGACUGGCUGGCAGGCGGCAAUGGUAUUGAUUGUUGAUGGCCAGAACGCUCUCUUCGUGGACAUAUCGCUCUGUCUGGACCCCUCUCGCGGGAUGCCUUGGUUGUGUGAGAUCAACAGCAUGGUCAUCAUCAUCGGCUAUCUCGAAGAACUACAGUAUGCGCUACCUCUUCCUGCUCUUCCCCAACACGCUCAUGAAAUAGAGGUCGACCUGCGUCUGGUUGUAUCGGCUCUCUUAAUCUCAGAAACCUCCACACUCGAUAUGGACCUCUGGAACCGCGCAAUCGCUGAUCGAGAAGAGCUCGCUAAUAGACAGACGGGCUGA